AUGAUAAAAAGUAUGCUGAAAAUAAGGAACAACGUGGAUAUAAGUGAAUACCCUAAACUAAAUGCUUUCUUAAAACGACAAUCAGACGGUUUUACAACUAAAAAGUCGAAAAUAUUAACAUCGAAUGAAGUGGAAAGGUUUUUGAGCGAAGCUCCCGAUAAUUGUUAUUUAGCCAAAAAGGUUGCGCUGAUUUUUUGCGUUGUUGGGGCUUGUCGCAGAGAGGAGUUAGCCAAUAUUACUUUAAAAGAUAUUGAAGCCCAUGGAAAAAUGCUACUUAUCAAGAUUUCGAAUACAAAAAAUAAGAUACCGAAAAGCUUUGUUGUUGAAGAUUUUCUUAGAAUAAUGCAAAAAUAUAUGAAUCAGCGGUCCCAAAAAGCAAAAACCGACCGUUUUUUCCAAAAUUAUCAAAAAGGGAAGUGUACAGCUCCAGCAAUCGGGAUAAAAAAAUUUGGUAAUAUGCCAAAAGGAAUAGCUACGUUUCUUGGUCUACCGGAUGCUGAGUAUUAUACUGGGUACAGCUUCAGGAGGACUUCUGCUACAUUAUUUUCAGAUUCAGGAGCCACUUUGACGUCCUUAAAGCGACUAGGAGGUUGGAAGUCAGACAAAGUUGCAAAAGGCUAUAUUGCAUAA